GCCACAGCGAACAACUUGCUUUUCACAGGGUGCCGCUCCACGAAGCUGCCGGAGUUUGACAAAUCAGCAAUUGACGGUGUUUGAUCGUUUGCAUGGUCAACACAGCCGUAAACUGCAAGACUUGCAGGAGCGGGCAGCUGCUGCAGAAGAGGAGAGGCAAGAGCGAGCUCAAGAACUCCAAAGCAGAACCGUUUGCGUAAGAUCCGCGGCGGCUGCGCAGGCUGCUGGCCAGCGCCUCUAUGACAAUCGGAAGGCAAAGAAAACCAAGGCUUUCGGUGCGGACACGGCGGACACGAUGGAGGCGAUGGAGGCGAAGGCAGAGAUGCAGGCUGCGCUGAUGCGAGCGCAUGCGGAGGUUCGUUCACUCCCUGGUGCAGAGCCGCGGUGGGAACAGCUCUAUGCUGCUGCACAGCGUCAGCAGGAGCGUGUACAACACCGCCGCUUUUUGCAGGAGAUGGAAGAAGAGCAGUGGCUCAAAGACCACUCGCUACACCAGGGCAACUUGCACGAGGAUGCCUAUGCGCGCUUGUAUGAGGAUGCGAAGCAGCGAAGUCGGCGUCUCUACGCGAAAGAGCAAGCGCAACUUGCAGCUGAAGCACGGCAACUGUCAGGGGCCUGCGUCCACAACACCUAUUCUGGAAGCUUGGGCUCGGAAAUAGCGACUCAGAGAGCACGCUGUCUGUACGAGGACGCGCAGCAGCGGCGGGAGAGGCUUGCUGCGAAGAGAGAGCUGCAGAAUGAUACUGUUCAGCGAGCUGCAGCAGCACCCAACAGUUCAAGAGUAGGCAGUUGCAACAUGGCAGCCUCCUCUAUCCCAAAUCGUGUAAUCACCACAUCACCGCCAGCCAUGGCGGUCGGCCUCUUGCGGCAGUCAAAAGAGCGGCCAAACCCGGUUGUCAUGUCAGAACUGUUAAUGUCCCGCACCACUUCCUGGCGACCGACCAGCAGUUAA